AUGUCCAUCGCUCUUACAGCAAAAAAUAAAUCCACUUUCGUCGAUGGUUCUCUGACUCGUCCCUCUCCAGAUCAUCUUCUUUUCGGAGCCUGGAAUCGCUGCAACUCUAUGGUGAUUUCCUGGCUUCUGAAUUCAGUGUCCAAAGACAUUGCAGAUAGCUUGAUGUAUUUCAUCAACGCUUAUGAUGCUUGGUCGGAUCUACGAACCAGAUUUCAUCAGGCAAACGGACCCCGCAUAUUUCAACUCUGUUUCCAGAUUUCAUCCCUCCAACAAGGUGCUUUACCUGUCAACAGUUACUACACUCGCCUGAAGUCCCUUUGGGAUGAACUGCUUGACUAUUCUCCCUCAUAUGCCUGCACUUGUGGGGCUCUCCGAUCCAUCUCCAACGAUCGAGAUCAAGAACAUUCCAUGCAAUUCCUUAUGGGAUUGAACGAAUCCUUCAUUUCGAUUCGAGCUUAG